AUGCCCAAAUCAAAAGUUGUUAUAUUUAAUAUUAGUAAAUCCUACCAAAUGAAGGAAAUUUUGGGCGAAGGGGCUUACGGUGUUGUGAGUUCAGCUAUUCAUACGCCUUCAGGCAUAACUGUUGCAAUCAAAAAGAUCGAGCCUUUCUCAAAAGUAUUGGUCUGUCUAAGAACUAUACGAGAAUUGAAGUUAUUGAAGUUCUUCAGCAAUCACGAAAAUAUUAUUGGUUUCUAUGAUGUCCAAAAACCCAAAGAUUUCGAUUCAUUCAAUGAGAUUUACUUGGUUCAGGAAUACAUGCCAAUGGAUCUAUUCAAGGUUAUACAAACUCAACAUCUUCUGGACCAGCACAUCAAGUAUUUCACUUAUCAAAUCAUGAGAGGAUUGAAAGCAAUACACAGUGCAAAUGUAAUCCACAGGGACUUGAAACCCUCAAAUAUUUUGGUAAAUUACAGCUGCGAAGUUAAGAUUUGUGAUUUUGGUCUUGCUCGCAUUCAAACUCCUAAUGUUUCACAGUCAGCUUUGUUGGAAAAUCAUUUGACGGAAUAUGUGGCAACUCGUUGGUAUAGAGCGCCAGAAAUUAUGCUUCUGCUGUCCAUGUACUCUACUUCCGUCGAUCUUUGGUCCGUCGGAUGCAUUAUGGCCGAACUAUUUAUUAAAACUCCAUUAUUUCCUGGAAAGGACUAUCGAAACCAGUUAUUGCUAAUCUUGCAAUUUUUGGGUACUCCAGAAGGGGAAGAUCUUCAAAGCAUUCAACUGCUUCGAGCCAAAGCAUACUUACAACUGCUUCCUCGCAGUAAGUCUGUGGAUAUCACAGAUUAUAUCAAUGGGCAUCCACAACGCCUCCUCAGAGUUGGGGAUAUUCCUGUAAAUCCCGAUGGAUUAGAUCUAAUGAGGCAGUUACUUAACUUUAAUCCCCUCUAUAGGCCAGAUGCCGUGACUUCUCUUACUCAUAGCUAUUUGGCGCAGUACCAUGAUCCAAUGGAUGAGCCACUAUCAAAAGUUGCAUUGAAACCAGAUGCAUUCGAUAUGCAAAGUAAGAGUAAUCUUUCAAUGGCUAGUAUGAAAAGACAAUUAUUUGAGCAGGUUAUGGGAAUGUACGUAUGA